CAUACCCGGGUGUCCUUGGAGAGGGAGCAAGUAGUUGUCAUGGGUAGAAGUGGGGGAUUUUUGGGAACGGUACUCCCACCCUCCCCCCAAAGAAAUUUAGUUUUAUAGACAGUAAUAUAACCAUAUAACAAUUACAGCACGGAAACAGGCCAUCUUGGCCCUUCUUGUCCGUGCCGAACUCUUACUCUCACCUAGUCCCACCGACUUGCACUCAGCCCAUAACCCUCCAUUCCUUUCCUGUCCAUAUAUCUAUCCAAUUUAACUUUAAACGACAACAUCGAACCUGCCUUAACCACUUCUGCUGGAAGCUCGUUCCACAUAAUGAUCAUAUUUAAUUUGAAUUUGUUCGCUGGCUUGAAAAUACGUGUACUUUGUGUACUUUGGUGUGAAUAAACUUUCUUUUGUUAAAAAAUAAAAGAGUUAAAGUGAGGUGAGUUAGAAGGAUCGCCACAACAUUGUGGGCCGAAGGGCCUGCACUGGGCUGUGAGAUUGCGGGCAGGGGUCUGUGCUGCCUUGGCAGCCAAGGCCUCGGAUUCAUCCGCCGAGGCGGAGAGAGGUGGGGUGGUUCCGUUAGGCCAUCUGUCAUCUUCCAGGCAUCGGGGGGGAAAGGACUCUCCGGGCGAGUUUACACACAGCGCCGCGGAACAGAUUGCGGGUGACAUAAUUGGGAUUACGUGCUGUCCUGCAGACGGAGGGGUGGGGGAGAGAGGGUGUGUGUGCCUUCCUUCUGUCCGGGCUCUGAAUGAGUUAAGUCUUGCAAACAAUACAAAUGAACACGGCUGCCUUGACGUCCCCAAUCCCGUUCUCAGGGAGCUGACGCUGGAUCUCAGCCAAGGGAUUUCGCAAAGAAUAGACGCUCUCCUCCCGAACUGCAGAGAGACGAUCCGAGACAAAGUCCAUCCUCAGCGGGGAACUGUGCACCAGUACAGAAUUGGCCCCGGGCGGUAAAGAGGAAGUACUUGCCGCAUCGCCAGGCGAGGUGCAGAAACUUCAACCGAACGCGGCCGCCCGCUUUCAAUUUUGGCUCUCGGGGAGUCGGCCACCCCUCCCGGGAUCAGCCGAGUGCAGCGGGAGCCGGUGGGCACUGUCACCUGGACUCCAGUCCUUGCGCUGGGUAUAACGAAGCCGGCUUAGUUCGUCAGUAGCAUUAGUCUCUGAAACAACGAUCGCUCCGUCUUCAGCCCAGAAUGCCACCGUCACACGACAGCGGGUCGGAGAAUGAGUUAAAGAUCUGUUAACCCCCACCCCCCUCGAGUAAACGACUCGGGCGCCGGCGAGGACCGGGAGAAGGGAACCAUUCGGGAACCCGGAGAGCGAAUCCCCGCCCCCGUGUCUGCUGAGAUCUCCGGGGGGAGAGAGCUGACAGCCUCUGGGGAGGGAAUGUCGGCCAAGCCUCCCGUCCCCUUGAAGUGGGGCAGCUACAGGGGCAAGAAGAAACCCCGCGAGGCCCUGAGCUCGGAGAUGAUCAGCCCGCCCCUGGGGGACUUCAGGCACACCAUCCACAUCGGGAGCCGAGGGGCGGACGACGUCUUCGGCGACCUCUCCUUCCUCGAGGGGAAACUGCACCUGCUGCCCGGGCGGCUGAGCGAUCUCCGGCCCCGGCCCCCGCCCUCCUCGUCCGCCGAACUGGGCAGGACGGCCAGCCUCCGCGAAGGCGAUCACCUCCCCCUGUCGCCCCUGCUGCAGAACGCCGUCUCCUUGCCGGCCCUCGGGGGACCCCGGGCUCCCCCUAAACCACCCAGGCUCCACCUGGACAGCAAAGACAGUGAGAGCCGGGAGAAGGAGCCGGCGGGCCGGGCGGAGACCUCGGGGGAGAACCGCAUCAGCAAGAAGGUCCCGGCGGCCCGGGCGGAGGCCUUGCUCCCCCACGCCGUCUCCCUCCUCUCCCUACAGUUGGACCUCGGGCCCUCGAUACUGGACGACAUCCUCGAGGUUAUGGAGCAGAAGAAGGACUUGCCGCCCGAGGUGGCCGACCUGGUUCAGGAGCCGGGAUCCAGGUGCGAGAUCCUCUCCUCCGAGUAGGAGGUCUCGAGGGUCGGGGCGGAAGGGAAAAGAACAGAGAGACUUGGCCGCAGCCCAACAGCCCUCAACUGUCUAACCACCGAGAAAUCCGACCAGCCACUCCACUGGUUGUUAUUGUCAGGGAAUAUAGAGGAGGCCGUAAACUUUAAUGAUGACGAGCCACGAAGCGAGAGGGGACUGAAACGGAUCAGGGCGGGCAACGAGAUAAACUCCAGGCAGCGAGAGUGAAGGCUAGGAGCGACUGGGUGAGGCCGGCCCGCUGGAUGAGUGAACAUGGACUGUGGAUGAGAACUGGGGUUCAAAUAGGCUGCAGGUGACCAGCGUGGAAUGAGCUGCGCCGGAUGUGCAGGCUGAGAUGUGUUGGGCGGAGGGGGGGGGAUGGCCUGAGAGACCCCGUACAGCCUAGCGAACCCACGCCGCAUAUUUACACUGGUCCAUCCAUCUUUGGAAGGUGGGAGAGAACUGGAGCACCCAGGGGGAAACCCAAGCAGUCACGAAGGGAGCAUAGAAAUUGAACCUGGGUCACUGGAGCUCUAUGCUACCGCACUGAGUGCCAGCGGGGCUCCAACCCCUGGUCAGGUAGAGGGCAAGCAUCGUGGAACCCGCCUCCCUGCUGCACGGGAGGGUCUUUACAAUCCCUCAGGGGCCAGCAGCUUCGUAUUUCCACCUCUUCCUGCACCCCCCCCCGUCCUCUCCAGGACUGGAAUCCGUUUACAGUCGUCACUUGUAUUGAGGUAGGACAUACAGGCCCUCCGGCCCACGAUGUUGUGCCAACCCCUUAACCACUUCUAAGAUCAAUCUAACCCUCCCCUCCCAUAUCAUCCUCCAUUUUUCUAUCACCCAUACAUCUCUCUAAGAGUCUCUCCCUGAUGUAUCUGACUCUACCACCACUCCCGGCAGGGUGUUCCACGCACUAAGAUUUCUCAAUAUUAAAAACAACUGCCUCUGGCCUACCCCCCCCCCCAAGCUCCUUAAAGUUAUGCCCCCCUUUCUGCCCUGGGGUUAAAGUCUCUGGCUGUUCACUCUUUAUCAUCUUGUCCACCUCUAUCAAGUCACCUCUCAUCCUCCUUCGCUCCAAAGAGAAAAGCACCAGCUCGGCCAGCCGAUAAGACCUGCUCUCUAAUCCAGGCAGCAUCCCGGAGAAUCUCCUCUCUAAAGCUUCCACAUCCACUGAUCUGAAAGCCCCGGCUCACUGUCUGUGCGGAUCAGAUCACUGCACGGUGCACUGGGGUAGAACGGGGUCAAACGGUAACAGAAUGCAGAGUAAAGUGGAACAGCGACAGAGAAAGACAGGUAGACGAUAAGGGUGCAGUUCUGACCGCCAUGGACUAUUCGACUGCAACAGUCUCCCCUCGCCAGCUUGAUAUUCAGCCGCUGAUCUGCCUUCUCCUCCUCUCGGUGGGGGGGGGGCGUGUUUGGACUGACAACACGCUGGCGCGGAGACUCUCGGCAAAGCCCUGCCCUGUUAGGGGGCAGUUUGACCCCUCAAGGAGCCAACGAAGCCGCCCCCUCGGCAAGCAUCGAGCCUCUUCGGAAGACUUUCGCUCCCACGAGGGGCAGUGAGGCCAGUUAGCUUUACCAUCUUCCCGCCUCAUAAUUUCUGAACCCACAGCUUAAUAUAACUGUUAUUUAAUUCAAUGUCUUGUACAUAAUUUAUUGAGAUACUGGUCCCUGCGACCCACCAACCCUCCUAAUUUGACCUAACCUACAUACGGGAUAAUUUACAAUGAUCAAUUAACCUACUAACUGGUACAUUUUUGGACUGUAGGAGGAAACCCACGCAGUCACGGGGAGAACGUACAAACUCCCGAACAGAUCAUGCCAGAGUUGAACUCCGACGCCCCGGACUGUAAUGGCGUCUUGAUAACAAAUAGACCUUGUACAUACGACAAAACUUAAAGAUGCCUCCCGCAGCAACUACCAGAUUAA